AUGAAAUCCUUCGAUGUGUUUGUCGAUAAGGUUCAAGACAUAUAUUCAAAAGUUAAAUGGUUUCAAGGUUCAAAUGGUACGACAACCGACAAAUUUCAAAUAAAACGUUUGUUUCAUUCGCAGGGGAAUUGUUCCGAUAGCGGUCAAACGAUCACGACCCAAGAUACGAGCAUAACUUCGUCAAUAGGAGACGACGAUAAACCGUACGAUGUUAAUUUUAUUGAAGGAAGCAAUCAAUCAUCUGCUGAUGGAGGAUCACAAAAUUCAUCUUUGUCAAUUACGGAAUGCGAUGUAAAAACGGGAAGCGGGAGCGGGAGCGGCGGUACGAUUUUACCCUGGGGAGCACACAAAGAACGAUCCCUGUAUCCGUCGUGCGUGAAUAUUGACGUGGAUAUUAAACCUGGAGAAUUUGUUAUGCGAACGCUUUUCGCGGAUUUCACGGUUCAAGCAGAACGGAAAAUGGAAGCUGUCAUGAACGAUCCAUUGGAGAAACCGUUGUCUAAAAUAUUACAAAGGGGAGAAGAUGCACAAUUCGAUCAGUUGCUCGGAGCUUUCGGAUCCGUCGCAGAACAUUGUCUGCCUUCCUUACUAAGAGCUUUGUUCGCAUGGUACGAAAGACAAAUGGCGGAAGGUGUGAUUCCUCAGCUAAGGAAAAUAGAUUUGAAAGGGAAAAGCAGCGAACCAACAGAAAAAAGCGAGACUGAAAUUGUACAGGAAAGAAGAGAUUUAGCUGUGGAGUUUAUCUUUUGUUUGGUUUUAAUCGAAGUUCUAAGACAAUUAACUUUUCAUCCCGGACACGAAGACUUGGUUGGUUUCAUCGAAACGAUGGCUUUUAGACAUUUCAAAUAUAGAGAAGGUUUACAAAGUGGUCCAAACGCCGGAAAUAUACACAUCGUUGCGGAUUUGUAUGCCGAAGUCAUCGGAGCAUUGGCACAAUCCAGGUUUAUGUCCGUCCGUAAAAAAUUCAUGACGGAAUUAAAGGAAUUGCUGGCGAAAGAACCCUCACCCCACACAACCCAGAGCAUAAUAUCUUUACUCAUGGGAAUGAAAUUUUUUAGAGUUAAGAUGGUACCCAUCGAAGAAUUCGAAGCAUCGUUUCAAUUCAUGCAAGAAUGUGCCCAAUAUUUUCUCGAAGUUAAGGACAAGGAUGUGAAACAUGCUUUAGCUGGUCUAUUUGUCGAAAUCCUUGUUCCUGUUGCUGCGGCUGUGAAAAACGAAGUAAAUGUGCCAUGUUUAAAAAAUUUCGUCGAAAAACUUUACCCACAAACGUUGGACAUGUGCAUGAAAUCGAAACACCGUUUAGCGUUAUUUCCUUUGGUAACUUGCCUGUUAUGCGUCAGUCAAAAAAAUUUUUUCCUACAAAGUUGGCAUUGCUUUUUGGCCAUGUGUUUGCAACAUUUAAAAAAUCGGGAUCCGAAAAUGUGCCGAGUUGCUUUAGAAUCUCUUUUUCGCCUUUUAUGGGUGUAUAUGAUUCGUAUAAAAUGCGAAAGCAAUUCAGCCACUCAAUCACGAUUGCAAAGCAUCGUGAAUUCUCUUUUUCCCAAAGGAUCGAAAACGGUCGUGCCCCGUGACACUCCUUUAAAUAUUUUCGUAAAAAUAAUUCAAUUCAUUGCACAGGAAAGGUUAGAUUUUGCCAUGAGAGAAAUAGUUUUUGAUUUGUUAUCAGUUGGAAGACCAAUAAAACUUAUACUGACCCCCGAGAGAAUGAGUAUCGGUCUGAGAGCCUUUCUCGUAGUUGCGGAUAGUUUGCAGCAAAAAGAGGGCGAACCUCCCAUGCCCAGAACCAUGGGAGUUUUACCUUCCGGUAAUACACUUCGAGUCAAAAAAACAUAUUUGAAUAAGAUGCUUACCGAGGAUACUGCUCGAAGCAUCGGAAUGUCUGCUUAUUUCCCACACGUUCGAAGGGUUUUCGUUGAUAUUUUAAGAGCUUUGGACGUGCACUACGGUAGACCAUUAAUGAUGACCAACACGCAAAAUCUCAACAAGGAACCCGAUGAAAUGAUUACGGGUGAAAGAAAACCGCGAAUAGAUUUAUUUCGUACUUGCGUGGCGGCUGUACCGCGUUUGAUACCCGACGGAAUGACGGGUGUGGAGCUAGUAGACCUAUUAUCGAGAUUGACUGUUCAUAUGGACGAAGAACUAAGAGCUUUAGCGUGUCAAAGCCUUCAAACAUUAGUUUUAGAUUUUCCAGACUGGCGACAAGACGUGAUUUGGGGAUUUUCACAAUUUCUCGCAAGGGAUGUUCAAGAUACUUAUCCGCAAUUGGUCGACAACGGUUUGAGAAUGCUGCUUCAACUUCUUACUUGUUGGAAAAAUGCUUUGACGUCAUCUUCCGGUCGCACUCAUAAAGACGUCGUCGAUGGUUCGCGGACGCUCACCAAAGAAUGUCCAAGUGCUAGAAAAACUGAUUUAACGCGAGCUGAUAACGUUUGGAGCAUGUUUCAUCUCGUCGAAGGAUUGGCCUUAGUCAUGUUAUGCCAAUGUCGAUUAUGUCCUCGACGUUUAUCCGUUCACAUUUUGAAAGAAGUUAAAAAUCUCCUGAAAGUACUCAAUUACCCGGAAAAUGACGUUGAUUUACCCGCUAUCGAUAUCAUCGAUAAGUGUUGCCCUCACGUCGUGGAAAAAUGUUUGGGAGUUUUACCGCCGGCAGAAAAAUCUGCCGUACUUGCAGCGUCCAACAUCGAUCUUCAAUGGAUCGCCGACAGGAGUUCCAGCAUUUGGACAGCCGGAUUUCAAGAUGAAAGCAGUUCUAAGAGUUCUUCGACGUUCAAUUUAAACGGUGCCGACCCGUGGAGUUUUUGUUUAUUCGAAUUCAUGGAUAAAAACAGGGUUUUAAAGUACUGUUCGUCGGCCAUCAUGCACUCUUGGCCGAUCGUUUACACUCGGCUGAACGCUUUGUAUCCCGUCAUAGAUCCAACGCCGGUCAACGAUAACAGAGCUUCGUUACUGAGAAGUUCCACGACGGUAAAAAAGCCGGUCAACGAGAGAGAUGUUUACAUGCACGCAUGGAAAAAUUAUGUGACAUUUGCUUUUAGAGUUAUUCCACAAGUGCCAAAUCCCGUGGUGAGAUGCGCAUCUCCAGAUUUUAGCUUAAAGGAAGAAUUGAUAAUUCUUAGUUCUUCGUUAACGUCUACUUUCACCUCGUCGUCAUCUCCGGAUUCUUUGACGGCAGAAAAAAGCGACGGCGUUAAAAGUGGAAACAUUUCGCCGACGUCUUUGUACAAGUUGGUCGUUCCUCUUUUGAGAUGCGAAGCCGUUGACGUGAGAGAUGCUGCGGUUCACGCUCUUGGGAGAAUCAAUGCGGAAGCUCUCAAGGAUUUAAUGGAUGAAUUAUUGAUUUACGUUCGCGAAGCCGUCGACAGGAAACAGGAAAAUAUGAGAAGAAGAAGGAGACGUGAUGCGUUGCGACUUCAGCUCGUUCGAGUGUUCGAAUUGAUUGCGGAAAACGUUUUGGACAAAGAUACGUUAUCGUUGCAUUCGACGUUCAUCGAAUUCAUCGAUGGGGCUCGUCUCUUUUUGGAAAGCGAAUCCGAAAAAGACGUGAAAGCAUUGCAAGACAUAAAACUUCACUUUUGCAAUUUCGUUAGGAAAAUGAUAAAAAAUUUUCCCCUUGAAACGUGUCAAACUCUGCUGAGAAGAGAUUUGAGGAGUAAUUUGUUCACUCUGUUGGGUAGUUGGAGCGGAAAAUUCGGUCAGGCUUUGGGCAUAUCGUCGGCUUCGUUGGACGAAAAACCCGGUUCCGAGUUGCAGCUCUCCGUACUUCAAGCCAUGAGUGCUUUACUAUGUUGCGGUCCUUGUUUCAAUCCUUCCGGUCUGGCAGAAGAUGGAUCUUUAUAUUCUUGGUUGGACUUGCUCCUCGCGUCGAAAAACGAAAAAAUUUAUCAACUCGGUCGAGAAACUGUAAUUCUCUUACUGGAAUGCAAUUCUGACAUCGGUCCUUUAUUGGAUUGGGUCGUCGACAGAUGUUACACGGCGCCGCCGGAAGUAGCUGACAGUUGUUUCUCCGCUCUUGCCACGAUAUUCAGCGUAAGGGAAUAUCCUUGCGAUCAUUACACGGCCAUAAUUAACGUGACACUGAUGAACACGGGAUGUCCGAGAACGCAAGUUCACGAGACGGCACUUCAACUCCUUCAGAUAUUGGACAAGAGAUUUUUUGGAAAUGUCGGACCCCUCGUUUCGGAGAACGACACCGGAGGAGGUAAGUGA